ACCACGGGGCCCAUGCGGCUUCCAGUGCGGGAAGUAAAAGCACUUCCUCCUUCCUAUCACAGCUGUAGUAGAGAAAUCAGCCAGUCUAACAGGAGCGCUGACAUUCUUGGCAAUGGGGACCCUGAAGGUCGUCCGCCGCUGUUUCUGCUCACUUCCCUGCGCGUCUUAACGCGUUCGUUGGUGCCGCAAACUUUUUACGGACUUGUAGGAAGAAGCUCACGAGACUUGCAACAUGAAGAAGCAGUUUAAUCGUAUGAAGCAACUUGCCAACCAGACUGUUGGAAGGGCUGAAAAAACUGAGGUCCUGAGCGAUGACCUCCUGCAGAUCGAGAGGCGGCUGGAGCUGGUUCGUUUGGUGUCUCACAACACGCACAAGAGGCUGGUUUCCUGUCUGCAAGGUCAGCUGGGCACAGACACAGAGAAGAGACAUAAAAAGCUGCCCUUGACCGGGCUGUCCCAGACCAUGCAGGAGGGCGGCAGUCAGCUUGGAGAAGAGAGUAUGAUUGGCAAGAUGAUGGAUGUGUGUGGCGAAGCCGAGGGCAAGUUGGCUUUUGAGCUGCUGCAGCAUGAAAUGCAGAUGGAGAAAGACAUUCUGGAUCCUCUCAACCAGCUGGCAGAGGUAGAGAUUCCCAACAUACUGAAACAGAGAAAGCAGCUUGCUAAGCUGGUUCUCGAUUAUGACUCUGCUAAAACACGGUGGUUACAGGCGACCAAGUCCACCAAUCCAGCCAUGGCAGCUAAAGUUGACUCGCUCAAAGACGAGAUGGAUGAGGCACUCAAUAAAGUAGAAAUAUGCAAGGACCAGCUCUCUGCAGACUUGUACAACUUUGCUUCUAAAGAGGGAGACUAUGCACGCUAUUAUGUGAUGUUAUUAGAGACCCAGGCAGAGUACCACAGGAGGUCUCUGGCAGCUCUGGAAGUAGUUAUACCCACCAUCCAGACACAGCAAGACUCCUGGAUAGAGAAGCCGGCAUUUGGCACGGCGCUGGAGGAGCAUCUGAAAAGGACCAACCGUGAGAUCGCUCUGCCGAUUGAGGCCUGCGUCAUGAUGCUGCUUGAGACCGGCAUGAAGGAGGAGGGUCUAUUUAGAAUUGCUGCUGGAGCUUCAAAAUUGAAAAAGUUGAAAGCAGCGCUGGACUGCUCCACCUCACAGCUCGAGGGCUUCUACUCUGAUCCCCAUGCCGUGGCUGGAGCUCUCAAGUCCUACCUCAGGGAACUUCCUGAACCUCUAAUGACAUUUAGCCUUUAUGAUGAGUGGAUACAGGCCUCCAAUACCUUAGACUCUGACAAAAGACUUCAGGCCUUGUGGGUGACAUGUGACCAUUUGCCAAAGGCCCACAAAGCCAACUUCAGGUAUCUGGUGAAGUUCUUGGCUAAACUGGCUCAGGACAGUGAUGUUAAUAAAAUGACUCCCAGCAACAUCGCAAUAGUCCUGGGGCCUAACCUGCUGUGGUCGAAGACCGAAGGGACGCUGGCAGAGAUGGCAGCAGCUACAUCUGUGCAUGUACUUGCCAUCAUUGAGCCUAUUAUCCAACACGCUGACUGGUUCUUCCCUGAAGAGGUGGACUUCAACGUGUCAGGCAUGUUCUCCUUGCCCAGCCAUCCACCCACCCCGGACCCCGAACCUAUCCUGGACAGGAAACGCCCCGGCAGCAUGGGGCAGGACGGGGACAGUCACACCCCUCGUAAAGACAGCCCUGUUAACAAACAGCCGGAGCCCACUCCUCGCAGAACCAGCGUCUUAAAUAGAAAGCAGUCACCACUAACCUCACCCACCUUCCAACCCCCAUUACCCCCUCUGGAAGCCGGGACUCCUACACAGCUCGAACCCCAUCCUCCUCCUCCUCCUUCAGAGGCUGAGCAGCCUGGCUUGAGUGUUGCUGGCGGUGGUGGUGGUGGUGGUGGUGGUCUGGUUGGUGGGGUCCAGGUAGCCACAGUGCAACAUCAGGUUGUAACCCAGCUCAGCACAGAGGAGAGCAGCCCGGCCCGUGAGCACAUGUCCACCCCGCCUCCGCAGAGGAAUGGUUCAGCGGUCCAUCUUGCUGUAGGAACCCCACACCCUCAGGGAAGCUCCAAAGGGCCUAGUCCACACAUGGUCCGCAGAGGCACCAAGAAGCAAGCCCCAGCCCCACCCAAACAGGCCAGCCCGUUUGCCUCUCAGCUCAGUAACACCCAAGCACCCGGUUCCCCGCAGCACCCACCCAUCACGCCCCGUCGUGUCCACAGCAAAGAUGCCCUAAUCCAAGCUCCGAGCCAUCCACCCCCACAGCCGCCUACACCCCAACAAGCCCAGGGAGAGUCAGAGCACUCUCCCCCUAGCAGUCCCACCCCUCCUGACACUCCGCCGCUCUUCCACUCCGGAUCUCUCCCUCGACCCUCGAGGCCAGCUCCAAAACCGAAACCCCGUCCCAGCAUGCCACCGCCUCCGCAACCGGCAGCAAAUGACAGCGGCAAUGGCAUGUGCAACUCGGCCUCAAAGAUCAUAACAGAAGGAGGCCUGGUUCUAAAGGGGAUUGGAAGAGCCAUCAUUCCUGAGGUGAUUGAGGACGAAGAACGGGAAAGCUCUGCUGGUCAAGAGCCUGCCACCGCCACUACUACCACUAACACCCCCCCAGCCCUGAACCCAGACCCCAGCAUCCAGACAGAGAGCACCGCUUUUUAAAGUCUGGGCUUGACUGUUUAUGAUCAAACAUAAGACGGGGUAACUCAAAAUGAAAUCACUCCGGCUCUUCAAGUACCGCUCACAUGAUGUCAGAGUGUCGCUGGAAACGAAUGGCUGCCUUUUCCUCUGCUAUACUGACUCACACCAGAAACCUCAUCUUAAGUUAGUCGUUCAGACCACAAGGGCCCUGUCCAGCUAUCACUUUCCACAUUAGACUGCACAUUAAACGGUUUGCUCCACAUACUGCUUGGGUAUUCUCUGAUUGGACUGCAGGGCCUUGUGAGGAACAAGGCUAGCGGGGCUUUAACAUAAAACCUCAGCAAUAUCGCAGCUGAAUAUCGCAGCUGGCUUCAGAAUGCUGGUAAAGUUAAUCUUUUUAUUUUUUUAAAACUAUUACUAUUAAAUCUUCAAUUAUGCAAACGCUUCUUUAAAAUGUGAAUCUGGUUUUACCACAUAAACCCAAAUAAAGAAAAAUUUUCAGUGAGUAAAUAAUUCCCUCAUGUCCACAGCAAUACUAUGAAGGACCAAAGGAAAUGACUGUUAGUCAAAGCAAACUGAGUUCAAAUGUUGAGCCAUUGUUAUGGUUGCUAAUGACCAAAUAUUUUAGUGUGAGUGCAAUAUAACAGUUUCUCUUCCACUGCUGUCCCAUCCCAGCGUGCACACACUGCCAUUUAUUAGUUAUUCAGGGCAGUUUUCAGUUAGAAUUUUCUUUGAUUUCCAUGGACCUGAUUCACAAAGCUGACAAAAAUAUAACUGAUUUUUCUAUCACACUCAAAAGCUAUGACCAAACUCCAGCAUGUGAUUAAAAUUUGUAGAAUUUUUUUUUUACUAUGGCUCAUUAGCUUUGCCUUAUUUUCAGCUUUUUUUUUUCUUUUCUUGUUUUGGUUGUUUAAGCAUUUUUAUGGUGGUUCUUCUGCACAAAAUGCACUGCGCAAUGCGUUUUUGAUCUAAAUAAAGAUUGUUCAACAGUU